AUGGAAGCUUCAGAGCAGUCUCUCGCGUCAAGUGACGCCAGCAGCGCCUUGGCCGCUUCCGUUUACCGGCUGAGGCGUCGUGCCAGGUCGCAGGCAACGCCCCAGAACAUCUUGUUGUUUCUCGUCGCAUUCCGCAUUGUCAAUGCCCUCAGCGUGCGCACCUUUUUCCAGCCUGAUGAGUUCUUCCAAUCGCUAGAGCCCGCAUGGCAAGUCGCAUUUGGCAGGGACAGUGGUGCUUGGAUUACAUGGGAAUGGAAACACGAACUACGAUCCUCUAUUCAUCCCCUCUUUUUUGCCGUCGUUUAUUAUAUUGUCGGAUCAAUUGCGUGGAUCGUCCAGCUGUCCUCCCUCAACUCGGCAGAGUUUCUUAUUGCAGCGCCCAAGGUUGCACAAGCCGUCAUCGCCGCAACGGGGGACUACUUUACAUGGAAGCUGGCCAGCAAGGUGUAUGGGCACGAUAGCUACGGCGCAUGGGCUACGCUUGCAUUGACUGCCCUAAACCCCUGGCAAUGGUUCUGUUCAACUAGGACAUUCUCUAACUGUGCAGAGACCACUUUGACAGUGGUUGCACUAUACUUUUGGCCGUGGGACUGGUUUCUCGAUAUCAAAGAUGACGAGAAAGAGGACGAUGAUACAACAGAUGAUGCAGAUGAGACUCUUGAAAGCAUGAGUCGGCAGUCAAGGUACAGAUGGCCCGGACUCGAUGGCGACAUAUUUACCAUCAUGUUUCUAACGGUAGCACUGUCCAGCCUUCGGAAAUCUCUCUUGCUCGCAGCGCUGGCGUGUGUUCUACGCCCUACAAACGUAAUCAUCUGGGUGUGUGUCGCCGGUUUUGCCAUCUAUAAUAGCCCACGAUCAGCAUUCCUGAUACUUUUGCGAGAGGCAGCACUUUGCGGAUCCGCAGUUCUUGGUCUUUCAACUCUAAUUGACCGUCUCUUCUACGGUGAAUGGGCUUUCCCUGUCUUCAAAUUCCUUUACAUCAACGUCGCCCAAUCAAUUGCCAUCUUCUACGGUCACAACGACUGGCAUUACUACCUCUCACAAGGCUUCCCAUUACUCCUCACCACAGCUCUCCCUUUUGGCAUUUUUGGCGUCUACAAAUCCUUGCGCCUGAGUGAUACAACACCGCGUGACAGGCGGGCGUUGAUCAAAUUUCAACUAGCCUCUGUGUGCCUUGCUAUGCCGGCCGUACUUUCUAUCAUUGCGCACAAGGAAGUCAGAUUCAUAUAUCCAUUGCUACCUGCUUUGCACAUUUUGGCGGCUGAGCCGCUUGUCUCGUCUUUUCUUCCUGCUAUUACUUCUUCCUCGAACGCUUACUUACCGCAGAGACUUAUCUUGCUAUUUCUCAUUCUUGUCAAUAUUUUUGUCGCUUAUUAUACCACGCUGAUCCACGGUUCUGGUCCGGUGGAAGUUCUGUCCUAUUUGCGUGAACGACACGAGGCGCAUCAAGAUAGCUCUGGGGCCUCUCUUGUUCCACAUCCUUUGUAUGAAGAAUCUUACAGGGCCGCACAUUACGCAGCGAAGAAUAUGUCUGUCGGGUUCCUCAUGCCCUGUCAUAGCACACCUUGGCGAUCGCAUUUUGUUUUCCCUUCAAUCGAGGCAUGGGCUCUAUCCUGCGAACCACCUGUUGGGCUAAACGAAACGGAAAAAAAAAUCUACCUUGAUGAAGCGGAUCAAUUCUAUGCAGAUCCAGCCGGUUUCUUACAACACCAUAUGAUUGGCGGUCUCUGGCACAUGCGACGACGACCGUCGUACAUGUCCACAUUACCUCCUCGAUCUCCCCCGACGGCCUACUACUCCCAUCAAAAAGCACAUCCGCUAAAAGAACCUCUCUACCACGAGUGGCCGGACUACCUAGUCUUCUUCGCGCAGCUUGAACCUACAAUUCGCACGACAUUACGCAGUAGCUCGUAUGGUGAAUGCUGGCGAACUUGGAACACAGCCUGGCAUGAUGACUGGCGACGACGAGGCGAUAUAGUUGUCUGGUGCCUUGACCCGAGCGAGCAACAAGAAUGGCGCAAGAUUCAGCACAGACAGCAAGCGAAGCGUCGCGAACAGCAUUUUGACCGCAUAAUUUCUCGAUUUGAGAAGCGGAAAAAGAAACAGAAAAAAACCGGUUUCGUCUACUGCUACUAUAACUACUACUCGAAAAUCGGCCUGGCCAUGGCCAUUCUCAUCCAACAAAAAGCCCUCCACACUUCUCCCGUCCUGGCUAACAAAUAUCUGGAGCCCGAAGAGAGGGAGCUAUAA